UUAUGUCUGAUGUAAAUUUCAGUGACCACGUCCACACAAGAGGAGACUGUACUGCACAUUUUCAAGCGACACAUGGGUCUGACCAAGCGAGGCAGCUACAACAAUGAAACACUGACAGUCACUAAUGUGUCAGUGAACCAGACGGAUAAUUUCACUAUGCAUGAGACGAGUGGAUUUGUGACACUGAUCAUCCCUACAGCACAAAUACUCCAGACCAAGGCCUGCGCAGACAGCAAACAACUCCUUCAGCCGUUCUACAGGGUGGAUGUUGUGCUCACCUUCAAAGAGACAAAUCACAAAAUGCACUGGACCAUGGAGAACACACUGCCAUGCACAGUCAGGCCUGCUGCGCCACACACCACAGCCAUGUCUACCCUCAACCCUAAACGUGAAACCUUCCAUUCAGACCAGAGGUCAUCAGACCGCUCUGCAGUGACUGAAGGGAACCUAAAUGAGAGACUUCCUUUGGAAGAGAUUUCCACAACUGAGUCACCUCACACACUGAUGGAGACUCCCAGUUUUAAUCUCCACACUGAUGAGAUGUCUGAGAGUCAAAGUGGAAAUUUCUCUUACGGGUUUGACGGCGACAGCAUUACUUCCAUUAAUGCAACUGAAACAAGCUUUUUUGAUUUCCUAAAUACAAUCACGAAUACUUCAGCAGAGCCACCUUUCAAUGAGUCAUCAGCCACAGCUGAACCAUCAGAAACGUCUUUGCUCACAACCAAUCAAUCUGAACCAGAAUACCAACAAUUCAACACAACCAGUGGGAAUCAAGACCAGCAGAAACAAAGACUGAAAUGGAUUUGGAAGAACUAGAAACCUGACAAUGUCUGUGGAAUCUGUUGUUAUUAAAUGUUAUUAGUUAGUUUCGUACAUUAGACUUCGAAUGCAGUUUCAGUGUAGUAACACCACUUGCUUUUGGCAAAGCUUUUUUGAUUCACUUCUUUUGUUUUAAUUCUCAUUGGUGCCACAUGUUACAUCUGUCUGCAGUCUUUAAAGAUGAUGCUGUGGUCACUCGGUGCUGUGAAGGCUGAUUAUACAAGCAGAAAUACAGCCAGACCUCUGCCAGCCGUUGCCUGGGGGUGGACAUUAUCCAGACAAAGACCAGGCAGGCGUUAAAUAAACAUGUCUCUAUCUGAACAGCACUGCAGGCUGAUGUAGAGAAGACCCUGCACAUUUUACAGCUCAUGC